AUGGUGAUUGCCGCAACAACUCGUCUCGGCUGGGGUGACAUCUCGAUCUUCUUGCAGUCGUACCUAACGCUCAUGGUUUAUGUCACAAGUUCGUUCAAUCGAUCAGAACGAUUGGUCGGCCGCAUCUCACUCACUAUCAACGAUCGAACCGUGGCACCCAUCCUCACCGCCACCACCGCCCUCCCUGGUCUUGGCAAAAAGUACUCCCAAAAGACAAAAACCUCUGCCCACCAGUUGUUGUGUGGAGUGAUUCACUACCACUGCGCCAUUGACGCUUUUUUCGUAUCGUUGAGUCUUCGUUGGAUGGAAGCACCAAGAGAGCUCGUGGACAUGGUUCUCGAAGAAGUCGUCCUCACGCCACUGAAGAUUACUGCUCCUCCACUCCACCCGCGCCCGGACCACAACGGCAUCUGCGCCGUUUACUUGACGAACUGGAGACAAGUCUUGAGCAUGCUUCAACUGAAUUCGAACACUCGCAAGAAUGGAUUGCAGAUCAUCCAGCAGCACGGCGCGCUGGAGAUCGUCCCAGUCCUGCCACACCUACUGAUCCGUAAUCGCUCGCUCCACAAUACCCCACACUGGCUCCUUCGCUACUUCGGAUACGUGUUCAUCGACGACUACUAUUCCUAUCGCAUUGGCGACCUUUACAUCCGCGGCCAGGCGAGGGUCUUCGUCAACACGCCCGGCCCACCGCGACUCAAAGCCAUUACACGUAUCGAGAUGAAUUCUCAGCUCGAUCCACGCUUAUACUCGAAAGAAACCCAGGCGAAGCUGAUGGAGGAUUCGACAUCGGAAUCGGCAAAGACCGCGAAAAGGAAUGAGGACAGAGGACUCAUGGCGUCCGUGGUCGACUUGUGUCGUAGUAGAGCUUGGUAUCGUAUCUUUCGGGAAUACGGCUAUUACCCGUUGGAGCGCACUCUUGGGUCGGCAGAUGAUGUUCGUCGUCUGAUCGUUUGGCAUUCAUUGUCGCAACGUCCCAUCAUGGCGGCCAUACCGACGCUGAGCACCCGCUGGCAAUCAGCACCGAAAGAACUCGUCGACAUGGUCAUUGCCGAGAUCGUCCUUACCCCACUCCAAGUCAUCGCCCUUCCCGGCCACCCAACACACAGCAAUCGCAAGAUUUGCGCCGCCCAUCCAGAGGAUUGGGAAACCCUCAAGAGCGUCCUCUGCCUCGACUUCGGCACGCGUCGCAGCGCGCUUCUUACCCUCAAGAAACACGGCGCGUUGCAAGACGUUCAGCUCAAGAGUGCGACCACGGCUUACCAUCAGUCGCUUCGUUCACCACACCAUGGUCUCCUGCGUCACUUCCGCUGGAUUUACAAGAACCAUGCUCUUCCGAUUCAGCUCGGUCUCUUCAAUGAGGUCAAGAGCGUGGCGUUGUUCGUCAAGGUCCCGGGCCCGCCACAACUCAACCACAUUGCACGCAUCGAAGUCGCGUCGGAGACCCAUCCGUGCUUUGAGGCCUCUCUCGCUGAGCAGGAGCUGAUUGAGAACCCACACUCGCAAGAUGCAGAAACUAGGUUGGAGAGGGAGGAUUCGCGCAUGGCUGAGAUUGCGCUGAAGCUCUGCCGAGCCGCCGCGUGGUCGUCGCUGUUCGAGACGGAAGAUGGUCGUCAUCUGUGUUAUCGUAUGGGAUCAUCGAAGGAUAUUCGAAGCUUGAUUGUCUGGGAAGAGUACAAGCAGCAGAGAGUUUGA